AUGGCGAGCACAAAGAAGUCGAGCAAAGAGUCUAUAAAAGAAUACGUGAUAAUAGCCGCUGGUGUAUUAGUAAUACUGUCAAUGGUGCUAUACACAUGCGUAAGCACAUCGCCCACCCGAGACAAAUCGCAGGAAGGUCCAUUAAGUGUAAUAAGCGAGCCGGAGACAUCUUUUGCGGAUCCAGAAAAUAGCGCAGUGUAUAAAAACAGAGAGCCCAGUGAAGAAGGAAGUAAAGAAGCAGGCACAACAAUACCAUUUGAGCAAUUGGAUGAUAGAAUAGGUGCAGAGCAUACUUCUACGUCUUUAGACAUGUAUGCACCAGAUGAACACAGCAAUUCUUCUUCUACAAAAGAAGGAAAAGAAGAGGUGUAUGCUGUGACGGAUCAAAUACACUAUAUAGUAGAUAUGCUUAAAACAGCGUGCAGCAAAAAGAGAGAUACACUAGAAGAGAUGGAGGGCGCUGCACGUUUGGCUUAUGAAUUUGUUACGAAAAACAAUGAAGAACUACAGAGUAUUAAAGAGAAGUAUACUAAAUAUAGUUGUGAUUACAAUUUGGAUUGUAAAAAAACAGAUGUUCUAAAAGAAAAAAUUGAAAGUUACUACCGAAAUCCAAACAAUAUAACUCGAAUUCCAAAAGACGAAGAUGCUGAAUAUGAAGCAGAAAUGAAAGAGAUUGAUACGCUAUAUGAAAAGAUCUGUGAUACAAAAGAAGACAAGGAAAGAGCAUUAGAUGAAUAUAUAAAAGCUGGCAUGGUUGGAAUAGACCUAGAAAAAAAUUCGAAUAUAUCGGGAGAAGACACCUUGAAGCACUACUCACAUGCGAUAGAAGAGGAGAAAGCGCUGCUUUCUACUAUAGAAUGCGACUUAGAGCUAUUUAAAAUAAUUUACAACAGAGAUCAAUUGCUGUAUUUAGUAAGAAGGAAAGAGAGAUGGUAUUAUAUAGAGGAUGAGAAUAAAACAAAGCUACUGGAUGAGAUAGUAGAAUUACAUAAAAACUGUAUAGAACAUCUGCUUAUUGAGAUUAAUAGUCUAGUAGAUAUGUUUAGUAUACAGAAAAAUGCGAUAUAUAUAGCAGAAGAAGUGUAUAGCGCAUAUAAAGCGCAUUAUAUGGCUACGUAUAUGUAUACAAAAGAAGAGGAGCUAAGAGAAUAUAUUUCAAGUGGAUUUCAAUCCCCACUUGAGACCUCGGUUUAG